CGUAAACACAUCAAUCAUUUGACAAAUUUUGUAAUCUCAGCAUUAGUUAGCAAAUUGAUUAUAAACAACUCGAAAUAGCAAACCUAAUUGCACAUUAAAACGCAACGCUUAGGCAAUCCACUACGAUUUCUAUAUACAAACAAAAAUUUUUAUGCAGCAUGGGGGCGAAUUCGUCGAGCAGAUCGGAUGCAAAUCUGCUCAAUGAUGAUGAUGUAAAUUUCGAUCAUUUUCAAAUAUUGCGCGCCAUUGGCAAAGGUAGUUUUGGCAAGGUAUGCAUUGUACAAAAACGUGACAGUGGCAUACUUUAUGCCAUGAAAUAUGUCAGCCGUUCGGCGUGCGAGUCACGAGGGGCGCUGGGUGGCGUUAUCAAAGAAGUGGAACUGCUUGCAUCACUGGAACAUCCAUUUCUGGUGAAUUUGUGGUUUUCAUUUCAAGAUGAGGAGGAUUUAUUUAUGGUUUGCGAUUUGCUGACUGGCGGUGAUUUAAGGUAUCACCUACAAAAUCGGUUGGAAUUCAGCGAGAAAAGUGUUGCCUUAUUAGUGUGUGAGUUAGGAAGUGCUUUAGAGUAUUUGCAGAAGCAAAGAGUGGUGCAUAGGGAUAUAAAGCCAGACAACAUUCUUUUGGAUGGUGCUGGUCACGCACACUUGACUGAUUUUAACAUAGCGACGAGACUGCAGAAGGACUCACUUGCAUGCAGCAUGUCCGGCACCAAACCGUAUAUGGCGCCGGAGGUGUUCAUGUGCGCUUUAGAAGAAAUCGCUGGUUACAGUUUCCCUGUCGACUGGUGGUCGCUGGGUGUGGUUGCGUACGAAAUGCGAGCAAAUGCGCGACCUUUCAUCGUCCAUUCGAAUACGGGGCUGGCGGAAGUGAAGCAUAUAUUAAACACGCCCGUACACUAUCCACGCUAUUGGAGCUCUGAUUUUAUCGAUUUAUUGACUAAAUUACUUUGUGUGCAUCCGGGCGCACGCAUCAGUUCUCAGCAAGAACUUCAACAAACACCGCUUCUACGUCAUGUUGACUUCAAGACUAUUUUGGAGAAAAAGUCAAAGCCACCAUUUAAACCACCUGAAGAUCACCUAAAUUGUGAUCCCUGCUUAGAACUGGAGGAGAUGAUUGUCGAAACGCGACCGUUGCAUAAGAAAAAAAAACGUCUAGCGAAGCAACGUUCAGCACAACGUGACAGCGAUCCAGAAAUGGCACUUAUAAAAGAGUUCAUUGUAUAUAAUCGCUAUAAAGCACUAAAGCGGAAGGCUAUGGAGAAGAAAGAGAACGAUUGGCAACGUGAACUUGAACACGCAAUGGCGAAUUCUAUCGUGACUAGCUUAGCGCCGAUACAGGAGAAGCCAACACCGAUCCAUCUUAGCAGUCUUGACGGCGAUGAUGACACUUCCGAAGCAGAAAUCACCACCAUUGGAAAUGUUGUAGCCAAUCUUAGCACAACUAUUACCACAUCAGCUCCAACACCAACAACCAUAAAGAAAACGAUUUGCAUUACACCAGUGACAACGCCAGUUAUACAAGCGCCUACAACCACAAGGACUGUCGUGGCAUUACCACCGAUUUGCGUGAAAUGUCAACAACAAAAUUCUAGCAGUGGAGUGCCAACCAUACAACAACAAAAAGGACAACAAUCAGCAAGCACAAAAGAUAAUGAAAACAUAGAAUUUAUCGAUCGCACACCUACGCCACCGACAACGCAAGUCAAUGCGCAAGCGACGUCAGCGGCGGAAGAGAAAGCAGACACUUCAGCGCAAACGAAUGUACUGACGUGCGGAUACCCAACUCAUUAAUUUAACUAUGAGUGGGAUUAAGGGACUAAUUGGGGAAAAUAAAUUGAUAAAUACUCGUAACCGCGCUCGUAAUAUAGACACAUAAGUAUAUAUUUAGCUAUGAUUGGUAUAUGAAAUGAUCGGUAGAUUUAAGGAGAACUAAGCAUUUAAUUUAUUGGUCUUACGUACGUAUGGAUGUCAGAAAGCUCAAAUACCAAUACGAAUUGGACUAAUUUGCAGA